AUGCCUGGAAACAAGACUCGUAAGCAAUGUCCAAAUUGCGGGAAGCGCCCGGCGGUCAUGAAGGACCAUAAGCGAUCGCACGAGAAGCCUCCGACGACAAACUUGCAUCAAGUCACGCCAACAACCCCCUGUGUUGUUCGGGACAACCAGAAGGACACAGAAACUGAACUUGUCGCUGGAAAGCUUAUGACGGGAAAUGUGAUGUCCGAUCCAUUGGCGUGGGACUCUGACCCUUUUGAGGCCUUCAGCGCUCAUCAGCUCAAGGUCUACCACUCCAUAGUGAGCCGCAGAUACCGUACUGACUCGCCGCAGCGCGAUCCCGGUAUCGGAUCCAACCCGAAGAGGAUCUUCCCUCGAUACAAAGAUUGUGAUGAUGAGUUGCAUCGAUUCAACCGCAACAGCGACCCCCUCCAAAAGAUCACAAAUUGGGAAUGGAGAGUGGACGAGGAAAUCGCCAGUCCAGAGGUAGCUGCGACGACUGGCUUAGUCGUCCUUACUCAAGGCUAUGCUGUUGGACCCAUCUCGUGCACCAAGGCCGAGAAGUUCUUUUUACAGCAACAUGUCAGGAGCGAUGCACUUAACACCAGCUGUUUUUGCCCUACCGCAAUAUUCAAUACUGAUCGCGUUAACUUCGACAUGGAAGACACUAGUCUCCCAUAUUGCGACCCCACUCAGAUUCUUGACGCGUCAUCCUUGGUUUUCCUGGAUAUGCGAAUCUCCGAGCGGGUAGCCAACUUGAACAAAAUCCAGAAGGAGUGGGCCGUCAAGAUCCCUCAAGCCGACGCAAAGACUAAUGUUCUGAUUGCUGGAUAUACCAACCACUUCGGUCGCAGUCCUGGAACCCUCAGUGGGGUUGAGUACAAGUCCUUUAUGACGACUUGGGAAGGAAUGUCGUUGGUGACUGGUCAGGAUAUCACAGGAAAGUAUGGCCAUGUGGACCGCAUCUUCAACGACGACACCUAUGCCCUCUGUAACUGCAUUUUUAUUGAGGGCGGGAUUAACUUUGGCAAAGGACGCAUGACCCAGUUUACAUCUGCUGUGGCGGCAUCACAAUUUUACGUCAACUGGCUCUGGAGCUGCUUGCCGAGACCAAGGAGUUCAGGGAACAAUGGCAGGCUAUACUGGACGGACCUGUUGAGCUCAACAGAGAAUGGAUGGCGGUUGAUCCCGAGGAGUUCCGUCAAGUCUUUGGCUAGGUUGUCUUAUGAUGACCAACAGAGUCAACAGAGCCAACAAGUGCUACCACCAAAAAACACCGCCAAGGACUCACCCGCUGUCAGUCACAUCCUCCCCUUGAACAAGAAUAAUCAAUCGUUCAAACAGCAACACUACGAUCGGCUCAAGAACCAAGAAUCCCAUCAGCGAGACCAGCAUCAGCACCAACAAUACGAAAAGAACCACGGCGGCCCUGGCUUCAACCCUUGGAUCCUCCAUCUCAUCGAAUCUCGGCGUAAAGUCAUCAAAGCCUUCAUCGUCGGAGGACUUGUAGGCACAGCCGGUGUCGGGAUCUACCACUUUGCGAAAAUUUACAGGCACUCGAGCUGGCCCCAGAUCCAAGCCGACUUCAUUGAUUUUCGCAGUUCCUUGACCGGCCAGACUUCAGGACCCAGUCCCACCCCAGGCGAGCACCGAUCCUUUUCUACAGGAGUAUCUCCCUUUCAGUCACCCGCCCUUCAUCGAUACGAAAAACAAUCCGUCCGAAUGUUGUCCUCUGAGCAGGUGGAUGAACGACUCGCCCAGAACGAAAAGGCCUUCAGAGUGUUUACCAAGGAGAAAGAUUCAAAGGAGAAGAACAAGGACGAGGUCAUUGUCGGCUACUGUGUCAAUCAGGUCGCUUCCAACAACCCGAUCGAGGACGAUCUGUCACGGCAUGUGAUCCGGAACCAGAACGGCGGGAUCGCGAAGGCCUUCUUUGGCGUCUUUGACGGCCAUGGAGGUUGGUGCUGCAGUCAACGAGUUGCUUUGGAGUUGGCGCCCUCUGUUGCUACCGAGCUGGAACAUGUCAAGGACCCUCAUGAUGUCAUGGCGGUUAUGGAGGCUAUUGAGAAUGGGUUCUUAAAACUGGACGACAAGAUUGUAAACCAGACGGUCGAGCAGGUGCUCGAGUUCCCCUCCCGUCCCUUGGCCUGCUCCAGUCUCUUGCCAGCCAUUUCAGGAUCGUGUGCUUUGAUGGCAUACAUCGAUGUCAAUGAGAAGGAUCUCUAUGUAGCCUGUACCGGAGACUCUCGUGCCGUCUUGGGAGUCCGCGAGCCCUCUGUCGCUAGCAAGUCUGGACAUACCUGGAAGGCCGUGCCUCUAUCGUUUGACCAAACAGGAAGGAACCGUUGGGAGGUCCGAAGACUACAGGAGGAGCAUCCCGGUGAAGAAAACACUGUGAUCAUGCGUGGCCGUGUUCUCGGUGGUCUUGAACCAACGAGGGCGUUUGGAGAUGCAAGAUACAAAUGGACAAAGGAGAUUCAGGAGCGCGUGUUCCAAUUAUUCCCCACCUACCGUCAGCCUCACCGCAACUACCAUACCCCUCCCUAUGUUACCGCUAAGCCUGUUGUCAAGCAUCACAAAUUGCAUCCAGAGGAUCGAUUCUUGGUAAUGGCGACUGAUGGACUUUGGGACAAGUUGACUAACGACGAAGUGAUCCAGCUGGUCGGCGAUUUGUUGGAUGGCAAGACUGGCCAGGAGAAUCUGGUUCUGGACCGCGAGGAAGUGAAGUCGAUCAAGGGCAAGCUCCAGGCGAUCCAAGGCGUUAUCACGGGCAAGAAGAACGAGCAGAACGAGGAAAGCGAGGAAUUGACGCCAGUCAAUUUGCCGCCCAAGGGUCCUGCCAGCCAAAUCAGGCAAUUCACUUUCAAGGACCAAUCCAAUGCCUCGACACAUCUUGUCAGGAACGCUCUCGGAGGCGGCCACGACGACCAAUUGGCUGCCACUCUUUCCAUCCCCUCGCCCAUGAGCCGCGUCUACCGCGACGACAUCACCGUUACGGUUAUCUUUUUCGGACAGGAAGAGUCCAAGAGUCAUUUUAAGAGCGACCAAACCACCGAUGGAUCACGGCAUGUCACCAACCGGAAACAGUAUUCCACUGGCGCUACUGCUUCCGAAGGAGGAGCCGUCAAGAUACCGGCUACUAAGAACGUGCAAGGAAGCUUCGAAGUCAAGACGUAUAUUUCAAAGAUCAAUGAUCCAUAUACCAACCUGGCCUUCGAAGAAUGGCUGUUCAGGAACUCUGAUCCAUCGACAUAUAUCCUGUUCCUCUACAGGAACUCCAAAUCUGUCAUUGUUGGGAGGAACCAGAACCCGUUCAAGGAAUGCAACCUGAAGCUGUUGGCGCGUGAUGGUAUCCCGUUUGUAAGACGCAAGAGUGGAGGCGGAACUGUGUAUCACGAUAUGGGCAAUACAAACUACUCGAUCAUGAUGCCGAGGGAGGUCUUUGACCGCAGGACGAAUGUAGAGUUAAUCUGCCGCGCUUUGCAUGAGCUUGACAUCCCUGCUUCUGUGAACGAGCGUCACGACAUUGUCGUCGAUGGCAAAAAGAUAAGAUCGGCAUUCAAAUUGAUCCAACAUCGCGCAUACCACCACGGGACAAUGCUAAUCGACACCGACCUCUCCUCGCUUGGCCAAUACCUCAAAGUCGACAGGACAAGCCUCGUCACAAAGGGCGUCGCUUCUGUGCGCUCACCUGUCACCAGAUUGCGCGAGUCCUCUUUCACAAUCGACCAUCUUUCCUUCUGUGAGGCAACACGGACAGAGUUUUUGAAACGAUAUGCCUAUGAUACCUGGCGCCAGAACCUGGAGGGCGAACCUAUUGUUGUGGACGAGGAGAUGAUUGAGGGCUUGGAGGCUGUCAAGGCGAUUCGAGAUGAUAUGAAGACUUGGGAGUGGAUGUAUGGACAGACACCCGAGUUCUCGUACAAGCUCGAAAAAUCCUUCUCCUGGGGCACCGUGAAUGUGACGAUCAAGUCAAAGGAAGGAUUGAUUACACAGGUGGAUUUGGACUCGAUGGACCAGUUAAUCAACGCACCCUCGUUGCCAUUGACGGCUCUCGGCAUUGGAAUGGAGGGGCAGAGAUACGAUGCCCAGGGACUGGAUUUGGCUGUUGAGCGGAUCAGGAAUGAGGCCCCCGAGGUCCUUGCCCCCCCCGGUGGCGCACAAAAAGUCAUGGAUGUCGUCCGUUGGCUCAAGGAGGAGCUCUAG